AUGCUUGCUGUCCUCUCCCGAAGUCGUAUACCAGGGAGAAAAGCAUCCCGCUUUGCAUCUUCUUUGGUUGGAUAUGAUGACUAUGGGAAGGAUGUCUUCACAGGAAAAGUUGCAGAUGAAUACCUAAAAAAGCAUGGUGCGAGCAAAGAACUUAUGAACAGCGGCAACUGGACCGUCGCGGAUCCCGACACGGUUGCCAAUGCUGUCUUUGAUUGGGCGAUUGAACGUGGUGCAAAUACUUAUUGCCACUUGUUUCAACCACUGGCCUCGAAUGGAGUGCGUUUCGGAAUGACAGGGCAGGUCCAGAGUACCAUGAUGACAAUUGAUGAGAAGAAUCAAGUUGCGCAAGGUUUCAGCGGCAAAGAUCUUGUCAAGGGAGUCGCAGACGCAUCAUAUCUUCAAACUGGUGGUCUUGUAACUUCACAGAAAGCUAACGGAAUCCUCGCAAUUGAUACGUCUUCUCCCAUUUUCUGUCGGGGCGAUGUUGUAUUUAUACCUGCAGUCUUUGUAAGUGAAGACGGCGUAGCGCUAGAUGAAAAGACUCCUCUUUUGAGGUCGAACGAAGCCCUUUCACGUGAAGCCAAGAGGUUGUUGCCUCUCCUUGGCCUAGAUGCCUCCAAUGGCCUGGACACUUAUCUUGGUAUAGAGCAGGAGUUUUUCCUGGUUCCUCGUGAUCAUUAUUAUCGUCGCCCUGAUUUGCAAGAUACAGGACGAACGCUAAUGGGCAAGGGCGCCGCAAAAUCGCAGGAAAUUGCAAAUCAUUACUUGGCGCCACUGUCUAGUGCGACUUCGGCUCUUGCUUGUCUGCAAGAGAUUCAAGAUGAAACUUGGUCGAUGGGGAUCCCUCUGAAGACAAGACAUCGCGAAGCGGGGCCAAAUCAGUUCAAGCUUAUAUGCAGCCGUGGGAAAUCCGCGGCUCGGAUCGACCAAAACCUCAUGGUCAUGCAGGUAAUCGAAGAAAUUGCGGCAAAACAUGGCCUUGCAGCUCUACUUCAUGAAAAGCCGUUCGAAGGGAUCAAAGGAAGUAGUAAGAACAUUCGUUGGUCCAUGAAAACUCGAGAAGGUCUUAAUCUACUCGAUCCGAAUGCUGUUCUAGAAGACUGCGAAAAUGAAGAUGCUUUCCCAAUUAUCAUGGCCGCAAUCAUUUCCGGAUUGGUUGAAUAUGGGGAUCUAGUUCGCAUAGCAAUGUCAUCACCUGGAAAUGAGCUUCACACUGGAGACAGAAAACCGACCACUGUGUCUGCUUGUCUUGGGGACGACUUGACUGCAGGUUUGCAAGGCUAUGUCAACGAUUGGAUAGCAGCGUACAAACCAAGCAACAAAGUGCUUGAUCUUGGAAUUGGCGAAGUGCUUCCGUUCGAGAUUUCACAGGCAAAUCAGAACAAUACUUCCUUGUUCGAAUACAGGGCCAAUGGACUUGACUUCCGCGGUCUUGGGUCAGGUCAAAAUAUUUCAAUGGCCAACACAGUUUUGAAUUCCAUCGUCGCAAACAAGUUUUCUGAGUUUGCCGGUCGAAUUGAAGCGGGAGAGACCCCAGGUGAAGUUGCGAAGAAAGCGCUGAAGACGAUUUUUAAUGGUGAUGUAUUUGUUUCUAGCGGAGACGGACACUCUGAUCUCGAGGCCAUUGAAGCGCUUUCCACUCAGAAACACACGUCUUUCUUCGAGAAGAUGAGGGUGUUCUCGUCCGAAGAGCUGACUGCACGCCAAAUCGUUCUUUACGAGCACUACGCCGGGAUUAUCGAGAUGGAGGCACUGGUGAUGGUCAAGGUGAUCCUCCAUCGAGUUCUACCAGCGAUGAGGGCAUUGGAGCAUGAAUCAUUGAACGACAUGACAUCUUCCCUGGGAUCUUUAGAAGAAGCCAUCCAAGGAUUACAGGAUGCUACUAGUGCCAAAGAGAAAGCAGCUUUGGCAAAAGAACUUCGUCUAGGAGAGAUGGUAACGGCCCGUUCGAUUUGCGACCAAGCAGAAGGAACUAUUCCAUCGGAGCACUGGUCUUUGGCAACCUACAAAGAGUUGCAAUCGCUUGAUUCCCACACAGUAACGGAGGCUGACUACUUUGGAGAGAUAUAA